AUGUUGGCGGCCGCACACUUCAACGCCCACACGCUUCGCCGACGCCACUUCGGUGGCCGCACGCUUCGACGACGCUUCGACUCCUCCUCACGCUUCGACUCCUCCUCCACGCUUCGACUCCUCCUCCACGCUUCGACUCCUCCUCCACGCUUCGACUCCUCCUCCACGCUUCGACUCCUCCUCCACGCUUACCUCCUCCACGCUUCGACUCCUCCUCCACGCAUCGACUCCGGCUCGCGCACGCAUCGACUCCGGCGCACGCAUCGACUCCGGCGCACGCAUCGACUCCGGCGCACGCAUCGACUCCGGCGCACGCAUCGACUCGCUCCGGCGCACGCAUCGACUCCGGCGCACGCAUCGACUCCGGCGCACGCAUCAACGAAGGCGCUCGCUUGGGCGGCGCACGCCUUGACGCGGCACGCCUUGACGCCUCAACAACGCCGCACGCUACGCCGCAGCACGCUUUGA